AUGGAUGCUCGUGAAGAUAGUCAUGCUGGUUCAUGGUACUCCGACGAUAAAUCCACCUUGUCCUAUCAACUUGACCACUGGUUGCAAGAGGUACCGGAUGAGAUCGAGGGCAUCGGCCAACUACCAGUGCCUGGUGCACGAAUGAUCAUUGCGCCGCACGCAGGCUAUGCAUACUCCGGACGAUGUGCCGCUUUCGCCUAUAAGGCCCUGGACCUGUCACAAGCCAAACGAAUUUUCGUUGUCGGACCAUCGCAUCACCAUUACUUCACGACGCUUGCGCUUCCUGAGUUCACUUCGUACCAUACCCCGCUCUCCGACGACCCUCUACCGCUUGAUACCGAGUUCAUUGCCAAGCUACGUUCAACCAGAGCAGGGUCACGAAAUGGGCUAGAAUUGCAAUUUACCACUAUGUCUCGCUCCGUGGACGAAGCUGAACACAGUAUCGAACUGCAUUUACCUUAUAUCCACCGUCUCCUACAACGCCAGCGUCCGAAUCAGCCAACAUCUGAAUAUCCGCCACUGGUCCCUAUCUUGGUGGGUGCUGUUACUGAGUCGACCGAGAAGGCUUUCGGAGCUUUGCUUGCUCCGUAUAUUGAUGAUCCAGAGAAUGCUUUUGUCAUCAGCUCCGAUUUCUGUCAUUGGGGGCAGCGGUUCCGUUACACGAGCCGAGAACCACCUAUUCACGAGAGUAUCUCGGCAGUCGACCUUGCGACCAUGGCAGCAAUUACCACCGGAGAGUACGCGCGCUUCUCGACGAUACUCAAGAAUACAGGGAACACUGUGUGUGGCCGUCACCCCAUCGGCGUGAUAAUGGCUGGUAUCGAAGAGAUUAGAAAGAAUGAAGGGGAAAAGGGCAGGUUUCACUUCAUCCGAUAUGACCGCAGUUCAAAUGUGAUAGAGGUGGACGAUAGCUCUGUGAGCUAUGUUUCUGCCUUUACCGUGCUCUAG